AUGGAGCCAAAUUCAAUAUCAGCUGAAUCUACAUUAACUUCUAGUAGCUUAGCAUUUUUUAUUAGACCCGCUAGUAAUGAAUCAGUAGAAAUCAAAUUAGCUUUUUUAAAAAGUCAUCCCAUUCAACCUCUUGUUUUAAGUAAUGAUAAACUUCCAUUUGAUCCUCAAAAAAUGUAUUAUCAGACUUUAAGUGAUUCUCAAAAAGUUCAGCGCAAAUGGUUAUCUUAUUGUUCUUAUAGUAAAAGAAUAUUUUGUACUACAUGUAUGACAUUUUGUCCACGACGUGAAAAUAUUAGCAAUUUAGUAACUGGAUUAGAAGUCUUAAAUUCGAAAAAUGUUUAUGGUACAGUUAAAAAACAUGAACAAUCAAAAACACACGGUGAAGCAGUUUCUGCUUUACUACAAGCUAACUUAAACAAAAAUAUUGAGAGUUGUAUUAAUAUUAAUUUAAGGGAAAUUCAUUCCAAAGAAGUAGAAUUUAACCGUUUGGUCAUUAAAAGGCUCAUUGAUAUAAUAAUGUUUAUUGGUAGGCAAGGAUUAGCUUUUCGUGGUAAAGAUGAAGCAGCUUAUAGCUUAGAGGAUAGGACUAUUAAUCAUGGAAAUUUUUUGGAACUAGUAUUGCUUAGAUUAUGA